CCUUAGCCGUUUCGAGAGCAGACGGCGUCUUGAGAGACCACCGAUCCAGGGACAAGUUGGAGCGCGGUUGGCAAUCUCUGUGACGGCGACGGCAACUUCAGUCAGUCCUUGUGGAGGAGUCUUAGUGGUGGUUCUUUCUGUUCAUAUAAAGUGGUUUUUGCAUAAUCCCUAUAGACACAAAAUGGGUAAAGCUAAAAAAGGACCAAAAUUUGCUGUGAGGAAAAAGGUUAUUACCACCAAAGCUAUCAAAAACUACAAGCAGGAGGUUUUGGACCCAAGAAAGAAGGAUCAUGACAAGGAAAAGCUACCCAGAAACGUGCCGCGCUAUUCUUCGGCACUUUUCUUUGAAUACAAUACUGCAUUGGGACCCCCUUACCGUGUUUUAAUCGAUACCAACUUCAUCAAUUUCUCCAUCCAGAAUAAAUUGGAUCUGGAGAAGGAAAUGCUGAAGUGUUUAUAUGCAAAAUGCACCCCUUGCAUCACAGAUUGUGUGAUGGCAGAGCUUGAAAAGUUAGGGCAGAAAUAUCGUGUCGCUCUGAGGAUUGCAAAGGAUCCUCGAUUUGAGAGAAUACUCUGUACUCAUAAAGGGACAUAUGCUGAUGACUGUAUUGUUGAUAGAGUUACUCGGAAUAAGUGCUACAUUGUUGCAACUUGUGAUCGGGACUUGAAGAGGAGGAUCCGGAAGAUUCCCGGUGUACCAAUAAUGUACAUCACGAAACGCCAGUACUCGAUUGAGCGCUUACCUGAAGCAACUAUGGGUGGAGCACCAAGAAUAUGAUGGAGUGACAAAACUGGCAAAGUUCUAUAUACUAGUAACUCAUGUUAGAUCCUGCCACAGUUUUCAUCCUUUUCCAGCGGCAUGGAAUUCAAGAUGAAGCUUGACAUGAAUUUGAAGGAACUGUUAAGUUGUUUGAUGAAAUUUUUCUAGUGUAGCUUCAUAGUUAUACUUUAUCAAAUUUUUUGCUAAUAUAUGUAAGUUAAACCUUGGAGUGUCUCACCUACUUUCAUUUUCUCAGUUAAUCAGUUGCAGACGAUUAGAAACUGUAAAGUUGAAAUUCACUGGUCUAAGCUUUACAAAUUGUAUGAGAAAAUGGAGAUAGCGUAUAAGCUUCAUCACGUUGUGGAAUGUUGAGACAAAUUGUAUAAGCUUCAUUUUUUUUUUCUUU